GGUGUAUACACUGAAUGUGCAGGGAUGGUUUCGCCAGACAGAAACUGGCCUGGACAGUCAGUUGCUGUCAUUAUCUGGGCGCGUGCCAGAAACUCCUGGCACGCCGACCUGCAGGCAAGCCACCAUCUGUCGUCGUAGGACGUAGCUGGUUGUCAGUCUAUUUCCUCGAAUUAGGACGAAGUUACGAGACGUCUUUUUGUGUGAGUUAUAUUUUUUCUCUGAUUGCUUCGGGCAGACAGGACCUUCUUUGCAAUGGAGAUUCUAACAGUCAUCAUGCUGAUCCUUUCAGUGCUUGGAGGGAAGGUCAUGCCAGGAGGGUCAGGAGAGAGCUUGGAUGAAGGCAGCAUUCGACUGGUUGGGCCAGAGUCUAACAUGGGGCCAGUCGAGGUGAACUAUAGCGGUGCCUGGGGAACCAUCUGUAAUGACAACUGGGACAUCGAGGAUGCCAAUGUGGUGUGCAGACAGCUGGGCUUUCUUGACGGGGCAGCAAGAACAGCAAGUGGUGCUGAAUUUGGUGAAAGCAAGGGACCAAUCCUUGAUGAAAUUCAUUGCACGGGCACAGAAAGUAGACUUGCCGAUUGUCCGAGUGCAGGAUGGGGAAAUGGUGACUGUGGUCAUAGUGAAGUCGCGGGAGUUGUUUGUAUACCGGACAAGGAGCCCGAUGUGACAGUGCGCCUUGCUGGCGGCACGGAUGACAAUGAAGGGCGGGUGGAGGUAUACUAUCAAGGAGAAUGGGGCACUGUUUGUGACGAAGACUGGGAUAUGACUGAUGCUGAUGUGGUCUGUAAGGAGCUAGGUUUUGCAAAUUCGUCGGAAGCACCCAGAGGAGCCAGGUUCGGGGAAGGUACAGGACAGAUUCUGUUGGAUGGUGUGGCCUGUACGGGAGAUGAAUCUAGACUGGAAGACUGUCCAAACAGAGGUUGGAGAGAGGGAAACUGUGGGCAUGAUAAGGAUGCAGGAGUUGUUUGCCUGAUUUCUGAGCCAGAUGUGACUGUCCGCCUUGCUGGUGGUGUGAAUGAAAGUGAAGGGCGCGUGGAGGUCUACUACCAAGGCAGAUGGGGCACCGUCUGUGAUGGUGGUUGGAAUAUGACGGAUGCUAAAGUCGUCUGUCGACAGCUAAAUUUCCUAGGUGCCAAGAAAGCCAUCAGUGGAGCUCGGUUUGGGAAAGGGACAGGAAAGAUUCUGCUGGACAAUGUGGCCUGUUCAGGACAUGAAUCUAGACUGGAAGACUGUCCAAACAGAGGUUGGGGAGUGGAAGACUGUGGGCAUGAUGACGAUGCAGGAGUGAUUUGUCUAACUUCUGAUCCUUACGUGAAAGUGCGCCUUGCUGGUGGCAUGUACGACAAUGAAGGGCGUGUGGAGUUCUACUACAUGGCGGGUGAAUGGGGCACGGUCUGCACUUCUUCAUAUUGGAACACGUAUGAAGCAACCGUUGCGUGUAGGCAGCUAGGUUUUGCAAGUGCAGUGGAAGCAACCACUGGAGCCCGGUUUGGGGAAGCUACAGGGUAUUAUUCACUGGAUUACGUGAGCUGUGAUGGAAGUGAAUCUCGUCUUGAAGAGUGUUCAUACAGAUGGAGAUAUGGAUCAGACUGUACGCCUGAUGAGGUUUCUGGAGUGGUUUGCCUUCAUUCUGGACCCGAUGUGACAGUGCGCCUUGCUGGAGGUAUGAAUAACCGUGAAGGACGGGUGGAGGUGUAUCACCAAGGUGAAUGGGGCACCGUCUGCGAUGAUGACUGGGAUUUGGCAGAUGCCAACGUGGUCUGCAAGCAGCUAGGUUUUGCAAAUGCAUCGGAAGCCCUUAGAGGAGCCAGGUUCGGGGAAGGUACAGGAGAGAUUCUGCUGGACAAUGUGGCCUGUGCUGGACAUGAAGCUAGAGUGGAAGACUGUCCAAACAAUGGUUGGGGAGUGGAAGACUGUGGGCAUAGUGAGGAUGCAGGAGUGAUUUGCAUUCGUUUUGAAGGUGACGGUGACAUUCGACUAGUUGGUCUUGAGCCCAACCUUGGACGAGUGGAGGUGAGAUACCGGGGCAUUUGGGGGACUGUCUGCGAUGACAGCUGGGAUAUUGAGGAUGCCAAUGUGGUGUGCAGACAGCUGGGCUUCACUAACGGGGCCGUGAGAGUGGCAGUGCUCGCAGAGUUUGGUAAAGGUUUGGGUCCGAUCUACCUGGAUGAAGUUGCAUGUACUGGCAUGGAGAGCAGACUUGUGAAUUGUUCUAAUGCAGGAUGGGGAACCAAUGACUGUGGACAUGCUGAAGAUGCUGGCGUUGUUUGCAUCCCCAAUGAAGAGCCUGAUCUGACAGUGCGCCUUGCCGGCAGCGAGAAUGAUAACGAAGGACGGGUGGAGGUGUACUACCAAGGUGAAUGGGGCACCGUCUGUGAUGACGAGUGGGAUAUCACUGAUGCCAAUGUCGUCUGUAAACAGCUAGGCUUUGUAGGUGCCACAGAAGCUGCCAGUGAGGCCAGGUUCGGGGAAGGUACAGGAUAUAUUUUGCUCGACAAUGUGGCCUGUACAGGGGAGGAAUCAAGACUGGAAGACUGCCCAAACAGAGGUUGGAGAGAGGAAAAUUGUGAUCAUAGUGAAGAUGCUGGCGUGAUCUGCAGUGCAAUGGGCAGCCAGGAUAUUCGCUUAGUCAGCGACAGUGGCAAUCCAUGGGAAGGCAGGCUGGAGGUCCAACAUGACAACCAGUGGGGGACGGUGUGUGAUGACAGCUGGAGCCUCAACAAUGCCCGGGUGGUCUGCCGCAUGCUGGGCUACCCUGGGGCAGCGGCUUUCAAAACCCUGGCGUUCUUUGGUGCAGGGGCAGACCCGAUCUGGAUGGACAAUCUGAGGUGCAAUGGAGACGAGGCCACGCUGCAGGAAUGCACAUUUGCCGGCUGGGGCAUCAACGAUUGCAGCCAUGCCGAAGAUGUGGGUGUGAUUUGCCUGACUGAUGACAGCUUAGAAGUCCGGCUGGUUGGUGAAGAUGCUACGGCCAUGUCAGGUCGUCUGGAGGUUAUGUACCAGGGUACCUGGGGCACGGUCUGUGAUGAUGACUUUGGCCUGCAGGACGCUGACGUUGUGUGCCGUCAGCUGGGCUUUGCAGUGGCAGAGAUGGUCCUGAAGGGUGAGCAGAAUCCAUUUGGCAGGGGGGAGGAAGACUCACCGAUCCACAUGGACAAUGUGGCAUGCACAGGCAAAGAAGGUGGGCUGAACCAAUGCCCAUUCCAGGGCAUUGGCAUCACCAACUGUGAUCACAGUGAGGAUGUCGCCAUCACCUGUGCAGUAGAAGUCCCACCCAGCGAACAUGAUGAAGGUGAGGUUCGUCUGAUUGGGGGCUCAUCAGAGACAGAAGGCCGCGUGGAGAUCUACCACCUCAGCCGCUGGGGCACAGUGUGUGAUGACUUCUGGCAAAUUGCUGAUGCUGAAGUAGUCUGCAAACAGCUUGGCUUCAUGUCAGCCCUAAGGGCCGUCCAUAGGGCCUCCUAUGGACCAGGAAGGGGCCCCAUCCACAUGGAUGAUGUGGCCUGCACAGGAGACGAACAGCGGUUGAUAGAAUGCAACUUUCCUGGCUGGGAAAUUGGCAAUUGUGGCCAUGACGAGGAUGCUGGUGUCAUGUGCCGACCAGCUGUGGAAGGGGAUCUUCGUCUGCAAGAUGGCACCACAGACCGCGAAGGUAGAGUAGAAAUCUACCAUGAAAACCAGUGGGGGACCGUAUGCGACGCUGGCUUUGAUUGGUCAGAUGCUAAGGUUGCCUGUCGUCAGUUGGGAUUCCCGGGUGCCGAGGAGAUGAAGCUGUCUACAUACUUUGGAGAAGGACAGGGACCAGUCUUCCUGGACAGAUUGGAAUGUCAGGGAUCAGAGAAACGACUGGCUGAGUGUGAUUCCAGUGGGUGGUCCCGAACGAGCUGCCUGCACAAUGGCGAUGUGGGAGUUAUUUGCAAUCCAGUUGCCGAAGGAACUAUCCGUCUAGCUCAAGGCCCAAAUGGCCCCCAUGAAGGCCGCGUUGAAAUUUACCAUGAGGGCCAGUGGGGCACGGUUUGCGAUGAUAACUGGGUCACAGACGCCAAUACCCAAGUGGUCUGUCGGCAGCUGGGAUACUAUGGGGUAGAAAAGGUCAAGCUGCUGGCAUUCUUCCAGCGAGGGGAGGACCCAAUUUGGAUGGACGAUGUCGCCUGUGCAGGUGAUGAGGCUGGCCUGGCCGACUGCCCGUUUGCUGGGUGGGGAGUGAAUGACUGUGGACACGCAGAGGAUGUAGGGGUUGUCUGUCUGACAGAACCACCUCCCAGUGAGGGCGAUAUUCGUCUGACUGGAGGAGAGACAGAGCAGGAGGGUCGAGUGGAGGUCUACUUGCUUGGCAGAUGGGGGACAGUCUGUGACGACGACUGGGACCUUGGAGACGCCUUUGUGGCCUGCAACCAGCUGGGCUUCCCACUGGCCCAGAGAGCCUUCGUUGGCUCUCACUUCAAGAGCACUGCCGAGCUCCCUUUCAAUCUGGAUAAGGUGCGUUGCUUUGGAGAUGAGCAGCGCCUGGUAGAGUGCAUCAACAACAGCUCUGACAUCGCCUGCAGGGAGGACCAGACUGCAGGAGUUCGCUGUACUGCAACUUGCCAGACACCUUGAGUACCUUGAGUAUCUUAUCCAAUCAUGAAAUUCCAAACAGUUUCUAUUCUCUUAAUGCUGGUCUGCCUGCAAUGACCUUUCAAAGCAGGGAGUUUUAGCCUGUAACGAGUAGUUGGAAACAUCAACCCGUAGAGGGUAAAAUAUGUAGUUGGCCUUUUUUUAAGUAAUUAACUCAGUUAUUUACAUUGCACUUAUUAAGAUCAGACCAUCCAAAGCAAAAAACACCCAAGGAAUAGUGUAAAUCAGAAAGCUUAUAUUUUGCUCUUUUUCUGGUUUAAUUCUACAGACCCUUGAAAUAUUGAAAUGUAUUCGACCUGAAAUAAAUAAAUGGGCAAAGUUGCCAUAAUUUCUAACCAA